ACAUUCCACGCGUGCAGCUUCACCAGCGGGAACCGUAUCACGGAGUCCUGCGUCUGACCGCGCGUCGUGUUACCAGCAUUUCCUGUGUCUCAUAUCUGGAAGCUACGAACUCUCCAAUGGAGCGAAGUAAUGCGAGAUGGGAGUGGUUCCGUUAUGAGGUCACGGCGAGGGAGCCGUACGCGUACGCGCUCAGCAGCGAGCGCAAGCGGCAGACACGAGACGGACGCGAUAGCUGGAAACAUUUAUUCACACAGCUGAAUGAAUCUCAGUUGGCAACAGAAAAAUAACAGGACCGCGUUUCCUUCGACAGGGAACUAUUGAGAAAAAUCAGGCGUUGGCUUUAUAUGCGCAGGAAAGGCUUGCAUACGAAAGACUCCAAGGAAGAAACGCGCGAGGAAAGUUUUGCUACGCGAAAACAAACUGGACGGAGCAGUGCAGAAAUCGUGACGCAUAAGCCAUGCAUUGGUUGUAUAGCGUGGGAUAGUUCUUCUGGUGUCGUUUGUUUGAAGGGGAUGUCUUUUUGGUGGCUUUCAUCAACAAAAGUUUGACGCCAGGAACGCUGUAUUAUUCUGUUCGACAAGAAAACGCGAAACAUUUCUCGCGCUCGUCCAGAGUCGCUGUCUUCAUCUGUUAUUUGUUGGUUUGGCUGGAGGAUCCGUUCCUCGUCAUUGUAGUUUGGGGGACAGGGGGUGGUUUGGAUAUCUAUAUUUUUUCACUUUUCCUUCAUGGCCUCCUCCAGGAUGUAUCUUCUUAUGAAAUGCAUGCUGGUUUCCCAACUUGUGGUGCUGAUCGCGAAGAACAGUCGGGCGCUCAUCUGUUUGCCCUGUGAUAAGUCCAAAUGCGAGGAGCCCAAGCACUGUACGGGUACCGUGGUGUUGGGGAUCUGCGGCUGCUGCUCGGUUUGUGCCAAGCAGAAGAACGAGAGCUGCGGCGGAGUUUACGGUCUGUACGGGACCUGCGACCGCGGACUCCGGUGCGUGAUCAGACCCCCGUUAAACGGCGGCUCCAUCACGCAGUACGAGGUUGGAGUUUGUGAAGAUGAAAACUGGGAUGACGACCAGCUCUUGGGCUUUGAGCCAUGCAAUGAAAACCUGGUUACGGGCUGUAACAUCAUUGAUGGGAAGUGUGAAUGUGACAGUGUACGAACAUGCAACAACCCAUUUGAGUUCGCCAGCCAGGAAGCCUGUCAGACAGCCCUGCAGAAGAUUGAAGAGGAAAGGCCGGACUGCUCCAAGGCGAGAUGUGAGGUACAGUUUUCGCCACGCUGCCCUGAGGACUCUAUAUUGAUCGAGGGCUAUGCUCCUCCAGGUGAAUGUUGCCCCCUGCCCAGCCGCUGCGUGUGUAGCCCAGCCGGGUGUCUGAGGAAAGUAUGCCAGCCCGGGCACCUAAACAUCCUUGUAUCCAAGAGCUCAGGCAAACCUGGCGAGUGUUGUGAUCUCUACGAAUGCAAACCAGUGUUCAGUGUAGACUGCAGCACAGUAGAGUGUCCACCGGUGAAGCCCGUCCAGUGUCCGGCGGACAGCUAUGAGACUCAGGUCAGACUGACAGCAGAUGGCUGCUGCACCCUUCCUACCAGAUGUGAGUGUUUGCCCGGCCUAUGUUCCGUCCCACAGUGCUCAGCAGGGACUUCCUCACAGGUCGUGUCCCGUGGUGAUGGAACACCUGGAAGGUGCUGCGAUGUGUUUGAGUGCGUCAACGAGACAAAGCUGGCCUGCACUUUCAACGGAGUGGAGUACCAUGACGGGGACAUGUUCAGGAUGGACGCCUGCCGCUUCUGCCGCUGUCGGGGUGGGGUGUCCGUGUGCUUUACUGCCCAGUGCGGCGUCCUCCACUGCGAACGCUACUACGUCCCUGACGGAGAGUGUUGUCCUGUCUGUGAAGACCCUAUCUACCCAAUGCUCAAUUUAGCCGGCUGUUAUGUGAAUGGGCAGAUCCUGGCACACGGAGACCAUUGGCGUGAAGAUGACUGUACCUUCUGCCAGUGUGUGAGUGGAGAGGCCCGCUGUGUGGCAGCGGCCUGCGGCCACAGCUGUCUCAAUCCCGUCACUGUGCCCGGAGAGUGCUGCCCUGUGUGUGAGGAGCCCACCUACAUCACGAUGGCGCCCCCUGCCUGCGGCUCACUGGACAACUGCACGCUGGUGGAAAAGAGCUGCCUGUACGGCUUUCGGCUGGACUCCAACGGCUGCAGGACGUGCAGCUGCAAGACACAAGAAGAGUUGUGCAGUGGUCUAAUUGCCAGCUGCACUCUGAAAUGCCCUUUUGGCUUCCAGACUGACAUCCACGGCUGUGAUGUUUGCCAGUGUCGCCCACGUCACAAGAAGUGCAAAGCUGUGGCCUGUGCCAAGGACUGCCCAUUCGGCUAUAUUAAGAACAAGCAUGGCUGUGACACCUGCCGUUGUAGGAAAUGCCCUGAACUGCCAUGUGACAGGUCCUGUCCAAUGGGUUUCCAACAUGAUGAGUUGGGCUGUCUGAUUUGCCAGUGUAAAGAUCAGAGCUCAUCGUCCGUGGCUCCAGCAGUGAAAUUGGGCUCCUGCCUGUCUAUGGACGGCCGCAGACACGAGAACGGGCAGAGCUGGCAUGACGGAUGCAGGGACUGUUACUGCCAUGCCGGGAGAGAAAUGUGUGCCCUUAUUUCUUGCCCGGUUCCCCCCUGUGAUAACCCCACCAUCCGACCCGGCCACUGCUGCCCUACCUGUCCAGAGGAGUCCAGUUCCCAUAAACCGGAGCUGAGUGAGGCGUCCGUGUGUUUGGCUCCGGGUGGAGAGUACUUUGUGGAGGGAGAGACGUGGAACAUUGACUCCUGCACUCAGUGCACCUGCCACAGCGGCCGUGUGCUCUGUGAGACGGAGGUGUGCCCGCCCCUGCUCUGCCACAGUCCAAUCAGAACGCAGGAUUCCUGCUGCCCUCACUGUCCAGAUGAUCCAGUCACCCCUCAGGCGCCCAGUAACGACAGCAUGCCCAGCUACUGCAGGAAUGAGGAUGGUGAUAUCUUCUUGGCUGCUGAGUCCUGGAAGCCCAAUGUCUGCUCCAGCUGUGUGUGUCUAGAUGGAGCCAUCAGCUGCUUCUCUGAGUCCUGCCCACCGGUCACCUGCGUCCGGCCCAUGCUCAGGAAGGGCCAGUGCUGCCCAUACUGUCUAGAUGCCACGCCGAGGGCCGUGUGUCAUUUCAAUGGGAAGACUUACAUGGACGAGGAGCGAUGGGACAUUGACAGCUGCACUCACUGCUACUGCCUACAAGGCCAGACCCUCUGCUCGACUGUCAGCUGUCCCAUCUUACCCUGCCGUCAGCCGGUCACCGUGGAGGGCAGCUGCUGCCCCAUGUGUCCAGAGAGUUAUGCUCCCACAAACGUGCCCAUCGAGAAGACGGACCAACAAGGAGACAAGCUGAGACAUCAACCAGCCUGGCCGACUCAUAGCGAAAACGAUAUUAUGCCACAGUUCAGAGGUGACUUCGGAAGUCUGCAGUUGCCCUACCUAGACGGCAAAGCACCACUACCCAGUGAGGAUGCUGGUCUGCACUGGGCCUGGGUGGCACUGCCCAUCCUCAUGAUGAUGCUCACUAUCGCCGCCCUGCUGUUGGUCAACCAGCAUAAGCAGUGGAUCCCUGUGCCUUGCUACCACACUCCCAAUAAGCCCACAUGCCUCAAUAACCAGCUGGUGUAUGUGGACUGCCAGAAGGGGACGAAGGUCCAGGUGGACAGCUCCCAACGCAUGCUCCGCAUCGCAGACCCUGACUCAAGAUACAGCGGUUACUACAGCAUGCAGAAACACAACAACCUGCAAGCUGACAACUUCUACCAGACCGCGUGAGACACUGGAGAGAGAGACAGAGUGAGUGAACUGGAAAGAGAGAGACUGAGCCCGUGUUCAACUGCCAAACCUUUGCGGCACAUGGACACCUACUAAAAAAUUGUAGAGACGGACAAAACCACCAAACCAUGUGGUCAGAGAAGAGACCCUGAUACCGAACAACAAUUAUAAUAUUCACAUAAGUCACUCGGAACAAAUCGAAAAAAUAUAUCACGCGUCGACACCCGAAAGUCUCAGCAGGAGAUGGAAGCUGUACCUAUGUAACCGAACCAUUACGGAGUGUGAUUGUUAAAUUGGAGAGGACUCUUCCAGAAUAUUUUUGUGAAUCAGAGGUAUGGUAGGUUGAGCAUCUUUUGUGUGUAAGCGUGAGAUUUCGUGGAUGUUCAGGCACAAGUUGAAGAUAGUCGUGAAGUCAAAUGCAAGUUUUUGGGAGUAGUACAACUGGGGUGUUGUUUUGGUUUGUUUUCAACAAUAUUUUUUUCCUGCAUUCCUAACUUUUUUCUGUUGGAAAAGAGAGAAAUUAUUUUAGGAGUGAUAACUUUUGACACAAGUGCUUGUGUGAACACUUAAUGCUGAACCAAAGCUCCUCUGUCUAUGAAAACCAGACCAGGCGAGAGGCCACGAAAGGGACGUUCACUUCCCUGAGACGGAGGAGAAGCUGGACUCUGUAUAAAGCACAGCAGAGAGAAGGGUAGAGGGAAAAAAGAGGGAAAAUCAGAUGUUGUUUUUGCAACAGAUGCAUUUUUGUAGAAGAUGCUACUGUAAGAUUGUGAUUUCCCCAGUUGCUGUGGGUGAGUUUGUCCUUUUUUGUUUUGUUUGUUCUCUUUAAAAGACAAAAGGAGGAAAACAGAGUAAGCUGCCCUGUGGAUAUGAGCUCUUCCUGUUAAUGGAUGUGUGGGGUCUAUAUGUUGUAUUUCUGCUUACAUGUACAAGCAUUUUCCCAUUUAAUCAUACAAACACCAUUUGCUUUUUCUCCCACAACUAAGGGCAGAUUGACACUCCUAGCAAAUCUAUAUUUUCCUGAGAUGAAUCAGAAGAUUGUAAAAUGAGAAGCAGGAACAUAGUGAUAGUGGAUUGGAUUUGAGGCUAUGCUUUACAAGUGCUGCUUUUUUUGCUUUGAUUCUUUUAAACCUCAUUUUGUAGGGAUGAAAACCAGUAUUGUUUGCGUCUUUAAGAAACGUUUACCAAGAAAACAGAAUCAAAGGGCCUUAUUGCUGAAAUCCGAGCAGAAUGGAUUUUUGUGUAAAUCGCUCCAAAAAAAAAAAAAAGGACACAUUUCAACAACUGCAUGUGUGUGUGGAACGCAUAACGUAUAGAAAUCGUAAGGGAUAUCAAUAUAUUUUCAAAUGAUAUAUAGGAGAUUUUGGACAGUACCGUUUAUAUCGAUUUACUUUGUUGUGAACACAUUUGAAAAUUUACACAGAACAAAAAGUGAGCUGCAGCGGGGGGGGGGGGGGGGGGGGGGGGGGGGGGUUCCUAAACAUGAGACAUGCUUUAUAUAUUAAGAGUUUCAAACUAAUUAUGCAGUUUUCCCUCUUUUCAGAUGUGUGAUUCCUAAUGCACUUAAGAUGUGUUUUCAUCAGCACAUGGAAACUUAGUUUUAUAUUUAUGUGUUAAAGUUAAAAAGUCAUGUCAGUGUUUCCAUUUUGCAAGAAGGCUCGCCCUGACAGCCAAUGAGUAUCCAUCAGACUUCAAGGGAUAGUUCACCCAAAAAUUUAAAUUUGAUGUUUAUCUGCUUAAAGAUGUAGGUGACUUUGUUUCUUCAGUAGGACACAAACAGAGAUUUUUAACUGAAACUGUUGUAGUCUUUCAGUCUUAUAAUAUAAGUAGAUGUGAAUCAUGACUAAAACAUACAAUAAAACAUAAACCUAAACAAAACCAAAUUAAACCCUGCGGCUCGUGACGAUACAUUGAUGUGUAAAAAUACAAAACAAUCAGUCUGUGCAAGAAACUGAACAGUAUUUAUAUCGGUUUUUUUUUUACCUCUGAUUCACGCAAUGUCCGACCUGUUACAACUCUCCUAAGUGCGUCCUCCUGAGCGUGUUCUCAAGCAGGCACGUGAGGAGGCUUCUUCUUCAGAGUUUCAGUGGUGCAUUUGAGAGAUAGAUGGUGGUAAUGCACUUAUAAGUCUCAGAGCUGCCUUAAAGCAAGAAGAAGAAGAAGCCUCCUCAUGCGCCUGCUGCUGAGAACACGCCCAGGAGGACGCAUUUUAUUGUAUGUUUUAGCCGUGAUUCCCAUCAACUUACAUUAUAAGACUAAUAGACUGCAACUGUUUGACUUAAAAAUCUCAGUUUGUGUUCUACUCAAGAAACAAAGUCACCUACUGAACAUCUUGGAUGCCCUGGGGGUAAAGCCCAAUUUACAUAGCUACGUAGCUACGCCAUAGGCGAUGUGUAGUACGCCAUAUCCUGACGUGCACCUCUCCAAAAAUCUAACAGACUGCAAGCGAUGUGAUUGGUCUGCUAGAUCCCCUACCUCCGUAUGUACUUGACAUUUGUGUGUGUUUAUGUGCACAUUAAUAUAUUUUAAUGUUACUUGUUCUUAUAUAAAAUAAAACAAAGCAAAGAACAAGUGUCUUAUCAUUUAUUAUUCUACAUAGCAUUAUACUUCAGUACCGUAUUUUCCGGACUAUAUGUCAUACUUUUUUUUCAUAGUUUGGCUGGUCCUGCGACUUAUAGUCAGGUGCAACUUAUUUAUCAAAAUUAAUUUGACAUGAACCGAGAGAAAUGAACCAAGAGAAAACAUUACCGUCUACAGCCGCGAGAGGGUGCUCCUGUAGUCUGCACUGAAAACAUAGAGCGCCCUCUCGUGGCUGUAGACGGUAAUGUUUUCUCUUGUUUCUUGGUUCUAAAUAAAUGCGACUUAUAGUCCAGUGCGACGUAUAUAUGUUUUUUUCCUCAUCAUGAUGUAUUUUUGGACUGAUGCGACUUAUACUCAGGUGCGACUUAUAGUCCGAAAAAUACGGUAAUUGUCCGCAUCCAACAAUGUUGAUCUGCCAUAGUACAAGUCCUUGUGCAGAUUGAAAGAAUACCAUCUUCUCCUGUUCCGUUGUUGUCUCCUUUUGUACUUUUAAAUAAAGAUUUUAUAUUUAUUCUCCACUGUCGCACCUAUAAUGCUUCUCUGAUGAGCCGCUUCUUCUUCGGCUUUUGGCGUAGUCUGCAGGUUACACCAGCAACAUGCCCGUGGACACUGCAGACUAGCGGUUUGUAUGUUUACUGCAUGUCAACGUGGACAACGACGCAAAAGUAUAAAUGAAAACUGAAACGCUAAAAAAAGCUAAUUUAAAAAAAAAUGUGGGUGAACUAUCCUUUUAACAGACUUUACUGAAGGAUCAGCAAUGCAUCUAUGCACAUCAAACAGUCAGAGCACAUUCAUUUUUAAUAAAAUAUUUUGCAUCCAAAAGUGGAAACACUUCAAAUCUCUGAUGGAAAACUAGUAGUUCUGCGUUCUAUUUACUAUUUAAGGCUUUUUUAAUAUCAAUUUACACCAAUAUUAAACUGUUCUAUGAAGAAUUGACAAAAAGUUGCAAUUUGUCUACAGUUUAUAAUAGAAUGGUUCUACGAGCAAUUUACACAGAAAUUUUGCCAGUGUUUCAUUGAUGAGGUCCAAAGAAUGAUCAAAUUACUUUUAGUAGGGGAACUGAGAGAAACGCAUACUAUUUUUGGAUAAAUGUUUCGCGUUUUCUUCAUUUGUACUGUUCACGAAACUGCCUCCUUUUCUGGAAGCUUUGAAUCAUUACUGAGGCACCUUUGUGUUCUGGUUUUCUAGCUGCGAACAAAUUUGGCUUCAAAAAUCCAAAGCUAUUAUAGGAACAUUUAUGUACAUAUUAUUGCUAAAGUGAAAAGACCUGAAAUAUUAUGUGAGUGUAUAUGUAUGUGUGUAUGUAUAUGUGUUCGCAUGUACGUAUGAGUGCGCGCACACAAAUGCACAUGUACGCACAUGUGACUUCUCUUCAUCGGUAAGGUUCUUAGUUCAUUUUCCUAAUGAAUGUAUUUAUGAUUGAACAAAAAAGAUUUAUAUAAUGGCAAACUGAUGAUGACAGGCUUUCCAUUGCCUUUCUUGUUUAAUGGUAAUUAAAAAAGCACAGACGAUGGUGAUACAGAAAGAAAGACAAACAUCUCAUUCUAUCUUUAUUUUUGUGUGUAUUUUUUUCCCCUUGUUUUCUCGUAGAGUUUUGCUCAGUUGAACGUUUAGGGCCCAUACUUGGCUAUGUUUAAACAGGCAAAACUAAUGUUUUGUCUUAUCCAACUUGAAAUAGUUUUUGUAGUGUGAAAUAUAAGACCACAAGAAAUCAAUUUUUACUGAUUACAGUGUGGACAGCCAAUUCUAAAGAUCAGAUUCGUGAUUCUAAGAAUUGUGAUCUCACAGCUGACAAAAACGCACUCUUUUCAUUGUUUGCUGUCAGGAGUCCCUUUAGGUGUCAGAACUACUGGAAUGUUGAUGGACAUAAGCUGUUGAAGUGAGGGGGCGGGGUCAGGUGAGGGGCGUGGCAGUGGGCGGGGAGAACGGGUGGGGCUGGUUAUUUGUGAUAGUUUGUCUUGGGGUGUAUCUUUAUCCGUGUGAUAUUGUUUGUAAAGCUAUACAACUUGGCACUUUUAUAUAUAGAAGGAAGUAACCUAUGUGUUUCUUUCUUAUUUUGCUUUUCUUUGAUAACUAAUCUUUUUAGUAUAACGAGUUGCCCUUCUUUUUUUUCCUAAACUCUUGUGGGACCCUGUCAAGCUCUCUUGAAAACACUUCCAAAAAACAUUUCACCCUUAAAUCAAAUAUUAGAUUUUGAAGAAAGAAAAUCAAGUUUUUUUUUUAAGACAACUGACAAUUUGCAUUGUGGCAUUAUUUUUUAUAACAAUUAAGCACAUUUUCUCUGGGACAUUUUUUUCAAUUUAUAAUUAUUAUUUUUUAUUAAAUGCAGAGUCGAGUGAAUAAUUUGGCUGUGGCCUGAUUCAAAUGAGUGGCAUUGUAACCAAUAAUCAUUUUAUAAAAAAAAAUUUAUAAAAAAAAAUCGUUUAAAUUAUCAUUAUUGAUUUAUCGCCCAGCCCUAAUUACAGUGAUAGGUGUUUCUGUAUUGCAGUAAUGAUAGUUGUUAUAAAGAAUGUGCUUAAUUGUCAUGAAAACUGUCAUGAAUUAAUCACAAUGUAAACAUUUAUAAUUUUCUUUUGCUUUUGAUGAUGGGCUGAAAUGACCCAGAUGUUGGUUUUGUGGGAUUCACCCACUUAUACAUUUGUUUUAGAACUUUUUUAAUUGCAGCAUUCAGUUCUGUCAUAAAUAAUAGCCAUGUGUUCAUAGUAUCACUCACUGUAUUAUGAUCACAAUGCUAUAAAGUCGCGGUUUAGUCCUAAUUCAAGCACAUAAAUGUCUAGAUGUAACUGAUAUGUACUUUUUAACUCGCAAGGCUUGCUGUUGAGGAUUUAAGACUAAUUACAAAGAUUUGGACCUUCGUUCCUGUUUAUUCUUUUCCCACGUUUCUGUUUUGUGGAAGUUAAACAAUUGAUUGGUAGUCCUGGCUUCCAGUCACGGCCAAUCAAAAAGCAACAGAAAGAAAAUAAACAAGAAUUAUUAAUGGAU